AUGUCCGACAAUGGGAGCAACCUCUCCAGGCGCUCGUCCUCCCAGACCUCCCAUGCCUCGAGCGACAGUAAGAGAGCAAGAACCCUUCGGGACCGACCAAAGCGGGCCGGCUCAAAGACUUCGACCACUUCCCUCAGAGCAGAAGACCCUUCUCUUACCUCAUUUCCAUCAUUCGACCCAGAACAAGGUCCAACACCAGAGUCUGGCCACCAUGAGACCCUGCCAAAAGUCACGCGGACGACUUCUCAAAAAGCAAGAGAUCGGAAGGCAACCCUUGCAGGUCUGACGAGUGCAUCUCCUGGCCUUGGUGGCAAGGCUCUUUUUGAUGACUCGCCUCGAUCGUCGCUAGAUAUUCCGGGCUCGCUGCAUUUGUCGAACGACGACCAUAUCAAGAGACUCAUUGCAAGAACGGGGGCCGUCAAGUUGAUCCGGCAGUAUGCUGCAGACCUGGCGCAGAGGGACGCAGAGAUAUCUGCUUUGAGAGUUAGAGCAGAUAAUCGAGAACGCGAGCUGAAACGCAUUCUCCGAGAGGCAGAUGUGCCCACCACCGAAAUCGAAAGGCGGUUGCUCAACCUUGAACAUGCCGAAAACUCGAACAACGUCGGCCAGAGCAGCGGCACUAAUUUCGACAGCUUGGUGAAUGAAGCAAUGGAUACAGAUAUUACCACUACAUCACCUCAAGCGCUAAACGAAAUGGGAAUGCCUAUUCCCGUACCCCAACAGUUCCCGGCGGCGCGUAAGAGCUCUGCCAAAGCAAGCGCAACAUCAAGUCGCCAGAGCAGCCUUACCAGCAGUCUUCUCAGUGACAAGAGUCAAGAUCUCGACCAGACUGUUCGACCUAAACCUUCCAACUCUGCUUCCAGCAAAGCGUCUGGACUCCAGAGCAUCUUCACCCCUCCAUCGCAGUCGACCAGCUACUUUAUUGGUGGUUCUAAACCGGUCCGAAAGGCAAAGGCCGCGGAUGAAGUAAGCGUCAAGUCUACCCAGUCAUCUCGUUCAUGGACGCAGAUAUUUGGCGGAAAGGGUACGACUCGCGCAAGAGCGUCGUCAACACUUGAGCAAGUAGCGCAGAAGUCCCCCAGCGAGGCAGAGUCGGCACUCUCGAAAUUAUCAACGACAUCGACGAAUCCGCAACAAGCACCUAACCGGCCAGGUCCCAGCCACAGUGCGACAUUGAAAUCUCGCCCAGCUGGAAGACGGGGCCCAACCCCAGUGAGACUCUCAAGCAGUCCGAAUCACACCCGCAAAGACUCAAAUACGAGCUUACCGCUCACUGUGGAGAUGGACAGCGUGUUGGAGCCGGCAACUCUGCCACCGACAAUGACGGUCAACAACAUGGAUGCUACAGGUCUCCUCACAGAUCGCUUUGGCUUCAUCUACGAUCAGAGGCGGCGCAAACGACAGUCUCUACAACUACCAAAGCACAAGAAGAAUCAGAUGAGUGCUGAAGUUAACAGCAUCAGAUCCGUUGAUAGCAUGCCGUCCAAGGAUCCUAUCGCGCGGUCAUCCACGCCGGUGUCUGUUGACGAAGAAGGACCCAAGAAGUCGUGGCAGGAUUACCUGAAACCGGCAUACUAUGUCGGUCGCCCGAAAGAGCUACUCUCGCAUACACCGUCGGCUGGUGCAGUCGUCACCGUCGGCACGUUUGAUCCUUCCGAUACUCUGUCGCCACCUAAGCAGCCCGGCGCUGUCGUUUCUGCCGGUGAAGGAGGCCUCAUGCCAGCGAAUAGGACCGUCUCGCAGCCACAAUCCACCCCAAUUAACGCCACCUCUGGAGGGUCCGCUGUUGAGGACGAUGCCGAGCCAAGUAAUGAUGCCACGCCUGCGCGAUUACUGUUGGAUCAAUUGAAUGAGCUUCACGACUCUCUGCAGUCAGAAAGAGUAGUCAAAUGGAACAACUUUUUGCGUCUAGUCCGCGCCGAACGAGCUAGCAACGCCGAUCCGGCGUCGAAGAACGCACCAGAAGCUGACCUGCUCGACGGUGAACUCAUUGGCAUUGCUACGCUGGGUCGUUCAGCAAACCAGCGUGCCAAGUAUACGCACUUCAAAUCGCUGGUCCUGGCAGGAAUUCCGGUGACCUUGCGACCUAAGGUCUGGGCCGAAUGUUCUGGUGCCACCGGCAGCCGCUUGCCAGGCUAUUACGAAGACCUUGUGCUACGUUCCGACCAAGGUAGUGACAUUGAUCCAGAUAUCGACGUUCAGAUCAAGGCCGAUAUCAGGCGCACUCUUACCGACAAUGUUUUCUUCCAGACCGGGCCCGGUGUCAGACGUCUAGAGGAAGUCCUACGCGCAUAUUCCCUACACAAUCCUUCUAUUGGAUACUGCCAAGGCAUGAACCUCAUCACUGCUUCUCUACUCCUCAUCUGCGCCACCCCCGAAGACUGCUUUUGGUUGCUCGUCGCGGUGAUCGACACCAUCUUACCUUCAGGAUACUUCUCUGGCAGCCUGCUCACCGCUCGUGCCGAUCAGAUUGUGCUCCGCGAAUAUGUCACCCAGCUUUUACCUUCUCUUUCCGCAAAACUCGAAGAACUGGGAGUGGAGCUCGAAGCAUGCACUUUCCACUGGUUCCUCUCCCUGUACGCUGGGGUUCUCACGGGCGGUGAAGCUCUCUAUCGGAUCUGGGAUAUCGUCUUGACCUUACACUCGACCGAGGCCAUGCCGAACUUUAACGAAUCAAAUCGCGCGAGCCUUGCGGUGGCGGUGGACUUUCCAUCUUUGGGACUCAAUGGCUCCUCGGCGCCCCCAACGCCUACCGCUUCGACAGAUCCUGCAAAUCGCAACGCGAAAGCACAGGAGCCUGGCGCGCACGAUGGCACCUCUUCUCCAUUUCUCUUCCAAAUCGCGCUCAGUCUCCUUUAUCUGAAUCAGAAUGAAAUCAUGGCACUCGACAGUCCUGCGGAAGUGUACACUUACCUCAACCACAAUGUCACAGAUCACGCGGUAACCGUGGACGCCUUGGUACAGGCGAGCGAAGCCCUUGGCCGGAAAAUACGCCGACAGGAUCUCCUCGAGCGACGGCGCGCAGCCAUCAAGACCUUGGGCGGAUAG